AUGAAGACAUAUAAAUGCUUUCAGUGUGGAAAGUAUUUCAGAUCCAAAUCUCAGCUCCUUGUGCACCAAAGAAUCCACACAGGGGAGAAACCUUUUGAAUGCUCCGAUUGUGGAAAGAAAUUCAGUCAGAGUGGCAAUCUUCAGCAGCAUCUAAGAACCCACACAGGGGAGAAACCUUUUGAAUGUUCAGAGUGUGCAAAGAAAUUCAGUCAGAGUUACCACCUACAACAGCAUCAAAGAACACACACAGGAGAAAAACCUUUUGAAUGCUGUGAGUGUGGAAAGAGUUUCAACUGGAGUGGCCAUCUUCAACGGCAUCAAAGAAUCCACACAGGUGAGAAACCUUUUAAAUGCUCAAAAUGUGGAAAGAGUUUCAGAUUCCUCCGGUAUAGCAAUCUUCAGAGGCAUCAAAGGACCCACACAGGGGAGAAACCUUUUGAAUGCUCAGUGUGUGGAAAGAGUUUCAACUGGGGUGGCAGUCUUCAGCGGCAUCAGAGAACCCACACCGGGGAGAAACCUUUUGAAUGCUCAGAAUGUGGAAAGAGAUUCAGGCAGAGUUGCAAUCUUCAGCGGCAU